AAUAAAAACAAAACAAGACUAGAUCACUAGAAGAGUAAGAGUGUAAAAGAUAGCAUAUUCAACCCUCAAAACUUUAGCCUUCACACAGGAAGAGAAACAGCAAAUAGUUCAAGGCUUCAAGCGGCCAUGGAUUCAGCUCCUAUGCACAUAGCAAUGUUUCCAUGGUUUGCCAUGGGUCACCUAACCCCAUUUCUGCACCUCUCUAACAAAUUAGCACGGAGAGGACACAGAAUCUCCUUCUUAAUCCCCAAAAGAACACAAGCCAAAUUAGAACAUCUCAACCUGCACCCACAACUCAUUACCUUUGUCCCCAUCACUGUUCCUCAUGUUGAUGGUCUUCCUCAUGAUGCUGAAACAACUUCAGAUGUUCCCUUCUCCUUAUUCUCAAAUCUUGCCACAGCUUUGGAUUUGACAGAGAAGGACAUUGAACCUCUCCUGAUGGACCUGAAGCCACAAAUUGUUUUCUUUGAUUUUCAAUAUUGGCUACCCAACAUGGCUAGGAGCCUUGGCAUCAAGAGUGUCCAAUACUUUAUAGUUAAUCCAGCAACAUCAGCUUACUUUGGAACCCCAAGACCGAGCCAAGGAAGUGAAAUUACUGAAGUCGAUUGCAUGAAACCGCCACUGGGGUUUCCUGAUGAUCCACCAUUAAAGUUUUAUGCACAUGAAAUUCGAUUCAUAGCUUCCUUCGCGAAAGUGGUAUUUGGAAGUGGAAUUUUCUUUCCUGAUCGCUUUGGCAUGGGUACACGUUUCGCAGAUUUAAUGGCUUUCAAAGGUUGCAGAGAAAUUGAGGGGCCUUAUGUGGAUUAUCUUGAAUCUGUAUAUAAGAAGCCUGUUCUGCUUUCAGGGCCUCUUUUACCAGAGCCAUCAACCUCUACUUUAGAGGAAAAAUGGGUUUCAUGGCUUGGGAAAUUCAAGGCUGGUUCUGUGGUUUUCUGUGCAUAUGGAAGUGAAGGUCCAUUGCAGCAAAAUCAGUUCCAAGAGUUGUUGCUUGGACUUGAGCUAUCAGGUUUUCCAUUUCUUGCAGCACUUAAGCCACCUACUGGAUUUGAAUCUAUUGAAGAAGCUCUUCCUGAAGGCUUCUUAGAAAGGGUUCAUGGAAGAGGGAUUGCAUAUGGAGGUUGGAUUCAGCAGCAACUGAUUUUAGAGCACCCUUCUGUUGGUUGCUUCAUAACACACUGUGGAGGAGCUUCUAUAACUGAGGCACUUGUCAACACCUGUCAAAUGGUGCUGCUGCCGCGACUUGGUUCUGAUCAUGUCACGAACGCACGGGUGAUGAGUGCGAAGUUAAGGGUUGGGGUUGAAGUGGAGAAAGGUGAAGAAGACGGCUUGUUCACAAAAGAAAGUGUGUGCAAAGCUGUGAAAACUGUGAUGGAUGAUGAGAGUGAGCUCGGAAAAGAAGUGAGAGCAAAUCAUACCAAAUUGAGGAACUUGUUACUGAGCGAAAACUUAGAGUCCUCAUGUGUUGAUACUUUCUGUCAAAGGCUUCAAAAAUUGUUGUAAAUUCUACCAAGAGUACACAUGUGAGUUAAUGUGUUAAAGUUUUAGUUUUCCA